CCCUCCACUCCGUUUCCACUCCACUCCACACCUCCCCCAUGACUCCCCUGCUCCUGCUCCGCCUCCUCUGCCUCCUCCCCCUCGCCACCAUCGCCGCAUCCGCUGGGCUUCCGGCCGAUUUCACCACCCUCCUCGCCGCGAAGUCCGACCUCUCGGACCCCACCUCCGCGCUCGCCUCAUGGGACCCGCGCCACUCCCCGUCCCCAUGCCGCUGGCCGCACCUCCUCUGCUCCGCCUCCCACGCCGCCCCGGCCGUCGCCUCGCUCCUCCUCUCCAACCUCUCCCUCGCCGGCGCGUUCCCGUCCCCGCUCUGCUCCCUGCGCUCCCUCGCGCACCUCGACCUCUCCUACAACUCCCUGACGGGGCCCCAGCCGCCCUGCCUCGCCGUUCUGCCGAGCCUUGUCAACCUCGACCUCUCCACGAACAACCUCACCGGCGAGAUCCCGGCGACUGUGGGGAGGCUGGAGAGCGCCGUGCAGAUCGAGCUCUACUCCAACCAACUCGACGGCAGGGUGCCCGAUGGGCUGGGGGAGCUCAAGCGGCUGCGGUUCUUCGACGCCUCUAUGAACCGGCUCACCGGCGAGAUACCGGCGGACCUGUUCCUCGCGCCGAGGCUGGAGAGCUUGCACAUGUACCAGAACCAGCUGUCCGGCCGCGUGCCGGCGACGCUGGCGCGGGCGCCGGCCCUGGCAGACCUCAGGCUCUUCGGUAACCGCCUCGCCGGGGAGCUGCCGCCGGAGUUCGGGAAGAACUGCCCGCUCGAGUUCCUGGAUUUGUCGGACAACCGGAUCUCCGGCCGGAUUCCGGCGGCGCUGUGCGGCGCGGGGAAGCUGGAGCAGCUCCUGCUACUGAACAACGAGCUGGUGGGCCCCAUCCCGGCGGAGCUCGGGCAAUGCCGGACGCUGACGCGGGUGCGGCUGCCAAACAACCAGCUGUCCGGCCCCGUGCCGCAGGGCAUGUGGGGCCUGCCGCACCUGUACCUCCUGGAGCUCGCGGGGAACCAGCUGUCCGGCACAGUGGACUCCACCAUCGCCAUGGCGACGAACCUGUCGCAGCUGCUCAUCUCCGACAACCGCUUCACCGGCACGCUGCCGGCGCAGGUCGGCACUCUGCCUGCUCUGUUCGAGCUGUCGGGCGCGAACAACAUGUUCUCCGGGCCGCUGCCGGCGUCGCUCGCCGAGGUCUCCACGCUCGGCCGGCUUGAUCUGAGGAACAACUCGCUGUCCGGCGAGCUGCCACAAGGUGUUCGACGGUGGCAGAAGCUGACGCAACUGGACCUCGCCGGUAACCACCUCACCGGACCCAUCCCGCCGGAGCUCGGCGAGCUGCCCGUGCUGAACUCGCUCGACCUGUCCGACAACGAGCUCACCGGCAACGUGCCGGUGCAGCUGGAGAACCUGAAGCUGAGCCUGUUCAACCUCUCCAACAACCGGCUCGCCGGCGCCUUGCCGCCUCUGUUCGCCGGCGCCAUGUACAGGGACAGCUUCGUGGGCAACCCGGCUCUGUGCCGCGGCACGUGCCCCAGUGGCCGCCAGUCCAGAGCCGGCCGUCGCGGUCUCAUGUGCAGCGUCGUCUCCAUCCUCGCCGUGGCCUGCGUCGUCCUGCUCCUCGGCGUAGAGUGGUUCUGCUACACCACGUACUGGAGCCAACAAAGUGGACACGGCACGGAGCCCGGCGGUGGCAAGGCGAGGUGGGCGCUGACGUCGUUCCACAAGGUGGAGUUCGACGAGGAUGACAUCCUGGGCUGCCUCGACGAGGACAACGUGGUCGGCAUGAGCGCGUCGGGCAAGGUGUACAAGGCCAUCUUCGGUCGCGGCGGAGAGGUCGUCGCCGUCAAGAAGCUGUGGGGCGGCGGAGGUGGCAAGGCGGCCGACGGCGCCGCGAAGGACAGAUUAGACGCGGAGGUGGAGACGCUGGGCAGGAUCCGGCACAAGAAUAUCGUGAGGCUGUGGUGCUGCUUCCGUGGCGGCGACGACUGCCGGCUGCUGGUGUACGAGUACAUGCCCGGCGGCAGCCUCGGUGACCUCCUCCACGGCGGCAAGGGCAGCGGCCUCCUGGACUGGCCGGCGCGGCACCGGAUCAUGGCCGGCGCCGCCGAGGGCCUCGCGUACCUGCACCACGACUGCACGCCGCCGGUCCUGCACCGCGACGUCAAGUCCAGCAACAUCCUCCUCGACGCCGACCUCGGCGCCAAGGUUGCCGACUUCGGGGUCGCCAGGGUCCUCGGCGACGGCCACGCCGCCGUCACCGCCAUCGCCGGCUCAUGCGGCUACAUCGCUCCCGAGUACUCGUACACGCUGCGCGUGACGGAGAAGAGCGACGUCUACAGCUUCGGCGUGGUGAUGCUGGAGCUCGUUACCGGCAAGAAACCCGUGUCGCCGGAGCUCGGGGACAAGGACCUGGUGGGGUGGGUACACGGCGGCAUCGAGCGCGGCGGCGUGGACUCGGUGCUGGACCCGAGGCUUGCAGGCGCGUCCAGGGACGACAUGGCGAGGGCGCUCCACGUCGCGCUGCUCUGCACGUCGAGCCUCCCGAUCAACCGCCCGUCGAUGAGGGCUGUCGUGAAGCUGCUGCACGAGGCCGCGCCAACGCCGGCGCCGCCGGCAGCGAUGGCAGCCGAGGAGAAACCUCUCGAUGUCUGACGCUGUCGGACAGGACAAUUUCUGGUUGCCUCGUAGAUCAUGACUGAUGAUUUAAUGAAAUUGUAGCUUACUCACCAUAGUUCACAUUUGAGAAUUUUUAGCUCUUGUUAUAAUUAAACACCAGUACUCCAUCCGUUCCAAAUUAUAGAUCAUUUUGAACUAAAAAAAUUCAAAACGAUCCGGAGGGAGUAGUACAUAAUCCAGCACACAGUAGCUGCUUUUAAAACUGAACUGAACUUGAAGCUCGGUUUGAUCGAGAUUCACUUUGCAUUAUAAUAGUCCACUUUGGUGUCUUCA